CUUCCGGGUUCCUUGGCGACCGAAACUAAGACUUCUCCUUGCGCCAGGCUCACCAAACCACACAGUAUGACCCUUUCUUGACCACCAUACCAGCUGUACGGAUUCUAAAAGGUCUCCUUCUUUUCUUGACACAGAAUUAAGGAACUUGGGGAUACUGACUGACAACAAUGAGUGACGCCAGUACUGUAGCACAGGAAGACAACACUGCCCAGGAUUUGGGGGCUAGCGCUAAUCCAGGCGAGACACAGCCACAUGCUUCGACGUCAGGACAAAGUAGGAGUAGCGGGGAACUAGACUUCCAUUCCCCAGCCGAGAGUGAGGAAGACGAUACCGACAGCGACGGCAGUAGCAACAACGGUCACGGUAGGGCGGCAGUAGGAAUAGCGCCCCCUCUCGGCCAACAUGAGAAGUACCACGUUUUCUUCUGCUACAGCAGCGCCGAUGCACCAUGGGUAAAAGAUACGAUCCAGAAGCUCGAGUCAGAUGAGCUCGGGUUCAUGUGUUGUUUCCACGAGCGCGAUUUCCUCCCAGGAGUGGCCAUUAUCGAUAACAUCGUCCGCUCCAUCCACGAGAGCCAGAAGACCGUCUUCGUACUCUCGCGAGAUUUCGUCGAGAGCAGGUGGUGCAAUUUCGAACGGCAGGUCGUCAUGGGUGCCAACCUCAGAGAAGAAAACAAAAAGGUCAUACCCGUCAUGCUUCGCGAGUGUGACCUGCCUGAGUUCCUUCAACACAUGACUUACCUGGAAGUGUGGACUGCGUACUUUUUCGACAGAUUCAUUGGUGCAUUGAAAGAAUCUACUUCAUCUGAUCCAGGCAGUCAGUCGGAUUCCCUCUCACCGUUCACCUACAACCCCAACUUCAACAAUGGCCAACAGUUGUUGAGGAUCGAGGCGACGGCUGCCUGUUGCCCACCCUGUGCUCAGUUUGACGAUCAGAUUGUUCCAUCUGAACUGAGGUCCCAAGGCAUUCGGAUACCGAGAAAUGAUUACCAGGAGGCCAUCGGCAAACUGAUGGAGACGGCCACGAUGUCAGGGUUCAACUGCUGCUCCAGCGAAGCCUUCUUCUGGACACUGGCCUGCAUAAUCAUACUUCCGAUAUUAGGAAGUUUCCUAGCAAUAUUCUUAAUGGUCCCCUUGGAUGAUUCUGGUUUCAGUGUAGUCACGGCCAGCCUGUAUGCAAUAUUAGCAUUUCUACAAGUGCUUCUUGUGGCACGCUGUGUAUCACGUAUCAGGGUUGACAGGGCCAUGAGGAGGACUCUGGUAGAGGUGAACACCAUCCUAGCCAAGUCCCACAUCCUUGCGACAGUGACAGGCCGGUGCAUAUGUUAUCCAGUGGCUGUUCUCCAUUUUGUGUACUUCGAGAGAGGGUCUUGUCUGAUGAAGUUACUAGAAGACCUGAUGGCGAGGAGCGGAUCUGCAGCAGUCAUGACGGGCCACACUCAAGCAGACUUCACGGAUCCAUCGUCAUCAUCAAACAUGGACGAUUCACCGCCGGGGUCCGAUGGUGCGUCGUCGUCUUGUGUUGUACCGAUAGACGUGGAUGAUGCCGCUCCCCUUUUGUCAGAAGCGGGUGGAGACGCAGAUUUCAACGGGGGCAACUCAUCACAAACCUCCCGCAUGUCUGAACUGAAAGCUGAAGCGGAGGCCCUGCUGCUGAACUACAGUGAGCUGUACGUGCGGCUCCUGGUCACCAAGAACCUGCCGCAGCCCCGCCGGUCCCGCGGGCACACCCAGCAGGGCGCCUGUCUCUGUCAGCUGGUGGAGCUGCACCAGUUCGGCUGGAAACUGGACCGGGAGGAGACCUCGAUCGUCUGAUGCCAAC